UUUACAAUUUUAUUUUUUUCACCCAAAAACCUUAGUUAAAUCAUAUUUCCUUCAAAAAAAAAAAAAAAAAACCUUAGUUAAAUCAUAUCAGAUUCUCAACACUGUUAAUAUUUCAAUUUUUUUUUUUGACAAGAUCUAGGUUGAUAUAACCUAUUUCAUCAACACUAAUCUUUUCCACUUCGAUUAAUUUUCAUUGAUUUUUUCCCCAAUUCAAUUCCAAUUUUAAUUUUUCUCAAUUGGAAAGAUUUAGGGUUUUUGCCGCUUUUUCAAUUUGAAAUUUUGUCAAUUGAUCGCCUUGAGUUUGAGUACUAGAUCGCCGAUUACAGCGAUUUGGUACUCCGGCGAACGGCGGACGUCUUGAUUCUCUUGUUGAAUGUGCUCGAAGUUUAGUUUUUGAUUCUGGGAAGAUUAAUGCAUAAUAAAAUGGGCCCACCUCUUCGCAGUGGGGUUUCGAAACGAUCGAAUGAUAGCGCAAGGCUUGUAAUGACUACUAUUCUAGGUGUUGUUUUUGGGUUCUUCAUUGGAGUUUCAUUUCCUUCAGUUUCUGAUAAGAUUAAAUUAUCUUCAAGACUUAUUUCCUCUUUUGAUGGAAUUUCUAAAAGUUCCGCGAAGUCUCUUGAAGAUCUUGCAUCAUUGACAAUCCCUAAGAUAUAUGUACCGACCAAUCCGCGUGGUGCUGAGAUGUUACCUCCAGGAAUUGUAGUAGGAGAAAGUGAUUUUUUUCUUCGAAGACUGUGGGGUGAACCGAGUGAGGAUUUGAAAAAGAAGCCAAAAUACUUGGUAACUUUCACUGUUGGAUUAGCUCAGAGGGACAACAUUAAUAAAGCUGUAAAGAAGUUCUCUGACGAUUUCCAAAUUUUGCUCUUCCACUAUGAUGGCAAAGUUACUGAAUGGGAUGAGUUUGAAUGGUCCAAAAAAGCUAUCCAUGUCAGUGCUCCAAAGCAAACAAAAUGGUGGUAUGCAAAGAGAUUUCUCCACCCUGAUGUUGUUGCUGCUUAUGACUAUAUCUUUAUCUGGGAUGAAGAUCUUGGUGUUGAACAUUUCAAUGCUGAGAAGUAUAUUCAAUUGGUGAAGAAGUAUGGCUUGGAGAUUUCUCAACCUGGUCUUGAGCCUAAUAAUGGUUUGACAUGGGAGAUGACUAAGAGGAGAGGGGAUAGAGAAGUUCACAAGGAUACUGAGGAGAAACCAGGCUGGUGCUCCAACCCACACUUGCCUCCUUGUGCUGCAUUUGUGGAAAUCAUGGCCCCUGUUUUUUCUCGGGAUGCUUGGCGCUGUGUGUGGCAUAUGAUUCAGAAUGAUUUGGUACAUGGGUGGGGACUGGAUUUUGCUCUGAGAAGAUGUGUAGAACCUGCGCAUGAGAAAAUUGGUGUUGUAGAUCAGCAAUGGAUAGUUCAUCAAGUAAUUCCUUCUCUUGGGAACCAGGGUCAGGCUGAGAAUGGCAAGGCUCCAUGGCAAGGGGUCCGUGAGAGAUGCAAGAAAGAGUGGUCUCUGUUCCAAAAUCGACUUGCAAAUGCUGACAAGGAAUACCUUGCACAAACUCGGGAAGGGCUAAUGACUAUUCUUUAUGUGUAG